GAAACGGGUGUCAAACAGAUAUCGCUGUGAUGUAAAAUCUAAAGCUUUUGUCAGCUUUAAGGCUGGAAAUAAUGUUUUGAUAUUAUAGACGAAGACACUUUGGUGAUCUUAUUGCAUUUAGGCGCAGAAUUUUCACUGAAGGCCGCAACGGAAAACUUGAGAGUUUCGUUCGAAAAGUCUAUUCUGCGGGAAGAAAAAAUUAUUCUUUAGAAGCUGUGAAAUGAGAACUUUCGACUAAAGCCCACAAAGGUGAUAAAAUCAUGUUUGAAAUUUGUCAAGUACUGCCUUAAGUUGGCGAUGAUUCCGACCAUCUUGAACAAACACAUACAAGGCCUUCAUCAAGAAGGUGACAAGGCGUACAAAUACCACGAAAGGACCUGUUUCUAUUUGAAAUAGUUUGGAACAACAUUGAUCAUGACAGGAGUUACAUUGGCUGAUGCGUAAAAGAUCUAUUCCAAACAAGUUAUUCAAUCUUCGGUAAGCACAAUGUCUCCCCAGAGUCUUGUGCUUCCUCUGUACAUCUUGGUAAAUAAUCUUCCACAAGUAAGCCCAAAGACGUCCCUUUAUGUAGGAGCAUUAUUUCCUCUGACGUCAGAGCACAAAGACGGAUGGACAGGCGGUAAUGGUAUUUUACCAGCCGCGCAAAUGGCGUUUGAUCACGUGAACAGAGCCGGGGUAUUGAAGCAUUAUCAGGUAAGAAUGAUUUGGAACGACACCAAAGGUUCACCUGGCUGGGCAGAACACAUCCUUUUUGAAUUCCUUCAUAAAGAGCCUCGUAAAAUAAUGUUGCUUGGAGCUGGGUUCUCGUCAUGUAGCACAGUAGUUGCGGCUUUGGCUGGACUUGAUCAAUGGGCGAUACCACAGAUAUCAUAUUCCAGUACAUCACCAGAGCUGUCUGUAAAGAAGAGCUAUCCGUAUUUUUACCGCACGAUACCAGAUGACACUUCAUUUAACGAACCUCGGAUCGCUUUACUAAAAACAUUCAAAUGGAGUCACGUUGGUACCAUCUUUCAGGAGGAGGACAUACACAGAACGGCUAUAACUGAUCUUCAAGCUCUGUUUUGGGAGAAUGGUAUCAUUAAACUUUCUUCCGAGAGUUUCAGAGAAGAUGCGCAUGCCCAGAUGGAGAAUAUAAAGAAAAGAGGAGCAAGAAUCAUCCUAGCUAACUUUUUUGGUAAAGGCGCUCGACAGGUUUUUUGCGAGGCGUACAAACUGCGCAUGUACGGUGCAAAGUACGUUUGGAUUCUUCUGGGGUAUAUAGAGAGAAACUGGUGGCUAGUUAACGAUUCCAGUAUCACGUGUACGCCAGGGCAGUUGUUUGAGGCUAUGGAUGGUCACCUAGCAACAGAUUACUUGUGGAGUACUGGGUCAGAAGCAAAAACAGCUUAUGGAAAGACAGUUGAAGAUUUCCAAGCUGAAUACGAAGCCAAAGUCUCUCCAGAGGCACGUGAUGUUCAUCGUGGUUAUGCAUAUGACGCAGUGUGGGCCAUGGCUUUAGCACUGAAUAGGACCAUCCCCAAGCUGGCCACGCCUUUAGAUAAGGUGCCAUAUGGAGACAGGUCCCUAUCAGUUGAAAUUACAAAAGCUCUUCGAGGAACCAACUUUUCAGGGGUUACGGGCCCUGUUGGUUUCACCAGCAAAGGAAACAGAGCUGGAGAUACACAAAUAGUUCAAAUGAAAGAUGGGAGGUUCGUAACCGUUGGACUAUAUCGCAUAAACACGGGCGAGAUAACUUGGAAUGACUACGAACCUAUCACAUGGAAAGGUGGAUCGCCCCCACGGGACAAAACCAAACUGGUUUAUGAGCUAAUGUCAGUAUCUGUUUCACUGUUUACAUUUAUGGCGGUGCUGACGUCACUGGCUAUAGUAAUCUCUCUGUUCUUCUUGUGGUUCAACAUUACCAAGAGAAAUGUCAGGUUCAUCAAGAUGUCUAGUCCUAAUCUGAACAAUUCUGUUCUACUGGGUUGCACGUUAAGUUACAUCUCAGUGUUUCUGUUUGGUUUGGAUGGCGGAUUUAUCUCUGAUGGUUACGAGAUGAUAUGUGCGAGCAGAGCCUGGACUCUCUCUCUUGGCUUCAGUCUUGCAUAUGGCGCCAUGUUUUCUAAGACCUGGCGAGUACAUUUGAUAUUUACCAACAAGAAACUAAAACGAAAGGUUGUAAAAGAUCGCCAUUUAUUCGCUGUUGUUUGUCUGCUUGUAAUUGCUGACGUCAUCUACCUCACAGUCUGGCAACUAACGGAUCCUAUGACAAGAAUUGUGCGCGAGUUUAUAAAAGAGUCUUUAGAUACCGACUUAGACGUUACACUAGUGAAGCAGCUGGAGCUGUGCGAGUCUCGAUUAACAUACCGCUGGCUAGGUGUACUGUGUGGUUACAAAGGACUUCUCUUAUUAUUUGGGGCGUUCCUUGCAUGGGAAACAAGAAACGUUUCGAUACCUGCGCUAAAUGAUUCCAAGUACAUUGGUAUGUCUGUGUACAAUGUGUUUAUCCUGUGUGUUAUUGGUGCGCCGAUAUCAUUGGCCAUGAGUGAAGAACCAGAUGCUUCGUUUUCUAUUAUCUCUGUUUGCAUUAUCAUCUGUACCUCUAUCACUCUGUGUCUUGUAUUCAUACCGAAGGUACUCGAGAUGAAACGUAUCAGACUGGUUGGUGAGGAAUUGUGCCGAACGUUUACUACCAAUAAUUUAGUUAUUGAAACAAACAGCACUAUACCAACAAUGGAAAUUGAGACAGAACGACAAUUAAUAGAGCUUAAGAGGAAAAUGGCUGAUAAAGACAAAGAGAUCAGGGAGCUGAGGCUUCGCUUAAUGAACUCUCCAAGUGGGGGCAAACAAUCCCACAAGAUACAAAUAAGCAGUGCAGAGGAAAUAACACCCAUCGAUGAGGCUUAGAUGGCCGAGGCGCCCUAGUAAUAAUAACUUUAGGGCACACUUGUGUGAACUCCAAAUUAAAGCGUCGGUCAUCAGACAGUGGCGAGUGAUGAUCGUGAGCGGGCACGGGAUAUAAAUUGUACAUUCCCACUAUGAGAGUGUAUUCCCUUGAAUCGUCAGUCAGAAAGACGUGGAAAACUGUUUGAAUAUAAUUUGAUUUAGGAACGAUUGCUUUGUGAAUUGAGGACCCUGGACCUGUUAGCGAUGACUAAAUACGGCCAAACUGAGCAGUCAGAGGUUGAGCAAACCGUCACCUUGUUGACGAUAUCAAGUGAUUUGAAGAUCUAUCGGGAACUGCGACGUUUUGAAAAUGAGCAAUUGUACUUCAAUCCAAGAUAUUCAUGAACAACAACCAAGGAAACAUUAUGCACGAACAUGAUUUUAAAAAUCAUUUUUAAUACUAAAGAAAUUUUGAAGCCAUAAAAGUGAAGUAGAGGUAAAAUCAUGAAAUAAACUAUUGUAUUGAAUGAGAAGACAUAUUCACCUUAAACUUUUAAGAGUAAGGUAAAUCAGAGGCUCAUUAACAGAGCGAAAUAAGUAAAGGCGCGAUAGCUUCGAUAGAGUGAAAAAGAGAGGGAGGUUUGGGUCGAGCUUACGCGAGCUGACCCAAGCCUCGCUCGCUGUUUCACUCGUCCGCUUUUUUCCUAUCGCGCUUCGUUUCACCAAGUGGACGCCUAGAACGCCACACAAUGACCCAGCCAUGUCUGGAACCCACACCUCUUUGAAAAUUUUGACUCUGGCGGACUUACGUCAGGCCACCGCUUAUCAUUCUUCGAGAUUUCAUUGACUUUUACUUCCCAAUUUCCUUUCUUUUGGUUGUCAUGUUUCCCCGCGGGGAUUAAUAAUGGUAACUGAACUGGAUGGAAUUCAAUUUGGUCUGAAAUUAUUCACAAGAACUCAAUAUCAAUUGAGUGCGCAUGAUUUCAGAAGAAUCAGCCCAACAGAACUGCACGACACAAAGUUCAGUUACUACUUUAUUAUAUUUUGAAAUCGCAAAAUUGAAUCGCUCAAUACAAGUUUUUGUUACUCUGUGCAAAUAUGUUGUUGAUCCAGUAUAUUGGGCUGGUUUGUAGAAAGUUGCAAGAGUUAUCUCACUUUCCUGCAAUUUGAUUUACACUCAAACAAUCCUUGAUAUUUGAUUGGUUGUUGUGUUUUAGUAAAGCUGUCUCACUAGUCGGAAAAAGGAUGCGAUUAAGGGCAUAAAACGGUGCGAUUUGUGAAUAAAUCGCAACUGUAAGAGCUAAUCAGAUUGCAAGGAUCACAAGUGAUGUAAUGAAAAGAUUAACGAAACCUUCGAAAGAGCGUUGCGUGGUAGCCUUAAGCGCAGCCACGAGAAAGACAAAUCUUUGCCGCUCAGCAUUGAGCCUAUUCUGAUCGGUAAGUCUCGUGUCGG